AUGGUGAAGAUCGCACUUCUUGGCGCCGCGGGCCAGAUAGGCACGCCCCUCAGUCUUUUAUGCAAAACAAGUGAUUUAUUUGAUGAGAUUGCCUUGUACGAUAUUGUUCAUGUACCGGGCAUUGCUACGGACUUGAUGCACAUCGACACCAAAGCCAAGGUUACUGGUUACCUUCCCGCUGAUGAUGGACUGAAAAAAGCCCUUACCGGCGCUGAUGUCAUCGUUGUUACUGCUGGCAUUGCGCGGAAACCGGGGAUGACUAGAGAUGAUUUAUUCAAGACAAAUGCUCACAUCAUCCGCUCAAUCUUCACCGAAGUCGCAGCAACAUGCCCCAAGGCAUUCUGCUGCGUCGUCACCAACCCCGUCAACUCCACCGUCCCCGUCGCCGCCGAGACCCUCAAAAGAGCAGGUGUCUUCGAUCCGACUCGUCUCUUUGGCGUCACUACCCUAGACGUCGUACGGGCAUCUACUUUCGCCGCACAUGCCACAAACACCAACCCCAAAGCCUACAAAGUCCCUGUCAUCGGCGGCCACAGCGGAGCUACCAUAUUGCCGCUUUACAGUCAGGCCCAACCACCAGUCACUCUUGAUGAGGAAACCUUGGCGGCUGUUAUUAACCGGGUGCAAUUCGGCGGUGACGAGAUCGUGAAGAGUAAGCAGGGCGCGGGAAGUGCUACUACAUGCAUGGCGUAUGCGGGAUUCCGCUUCGUCAAGGCUAUUUUGGCAGCCAUGGUUGGAGAAACCGUUACCGAGGAAGCUUAUGUAUAUCUUCCAGGCGUUCCUGGUGGUGAGCAGAUUGCGGCUAAGCUUGGGGUGGAUUAUUUUGCUGUUAAGAUUGAGAUUGGAAAGACGGGCGCUUCGAAGGCGUUGUCAUUUGGUGAGAUUUCCGAGAAUGAGAGGAAGCUUCUCGGAGUUGCUAUCGAGGGGUUGAAGAAGGGUAUUGCUGCAGGGUUGGCUUUGGAGUAG